AUGCCUAAAUGCAAGGCAGGCCACCUGAGUAAUCUUGGUGGAUAUGCUGAAAUAAACACUAAGAGGACCAAGGUCAGAAAAGCACAAAAAGAAGAGAAGGAAAACUUGAAUGUGCAGGCGAGUCUUGGCCAGCCUGUAGACCUAUUCCUUGAUGCUGCAAAGAUUAUGGCACAGCAAGAAUCACCUCUACCACCUUCUAUCCCAGCUCUUGACAAAAUCUUUACCACAGCUGAUUGUGACCAUGACUCUGAGUCAAACGAGCCAGAAGUUGCAGUGAAUGAUGCCAAAAACAUUUGCAGGCCAGAAUAUGACAGUUGUGAGGAUGAUUGUGAGGGUAGUCUUGAUGAGGAUGGUGAUAUCUUUGAAGCUGAGGCUCUAGAGAAUGGAAUCAAGAGUGAGCAAGGUGUCAGAGUGGGUGCAGCACCUGGAACAUGUCCAGAGGGCCCACAGAGCAGCACAGGACUUGCAUGGGAGCUUUGGAAAGCACCUGAAGUCAUAAAGACACUGGGAGAGGCUACAAGGACCCUGGUCUGGACAACUGGACUAAAGGAUGGCUUGAAUCAAUGGUGA